CUUCACCGAUAGUUAACUCCUUAAAGCACCUGGACAGAUUUUUUCUGGGUCCAUUUUUGGCAUAUUCCUAAGGGUUACCAUCAUAGAUUUUAGGGCAAUUUUUUCGAAAUGUCAUUUUCCUUGGAUUUUGAAGAUAACAUAUAACGGAUUCGACCUAAGGCUAUUCUCCAUCGAUGAAGAACUCUAUUAAUCGGCAAUUUGGGCGUAUUUCUUUAUGAGGGCAUUUUCAUAAUUUUUGGAAUCUUUUUCGAAAGGACAUUUGCAUUUGAUUUUGAAAGCUAUAAAUCACCGAUUCACUUGAAGAUAUUCUUGAACGAUGAUUAAGUCUAUUAAGCAUCGAUUUGGGAAGCUUUUUAUCGGGUCCAUUUUGGCAUAUUUCAAAGGUACCGUCACAUAUUUCGGACGAUUUUAUCAAAAAGUCAUUUCCUUGGAUUUUGAAGGCAACAGAUCACUGAUUUAGCCUGAGGCUAUUCUCCAUCGAUGAUGAAGUCUAUUAAUCGCCGAUUUGGGUAUAAUUUUUACGGAAGGCAUUUUCGUAAUUUAUUGGGCGAUUUUUUCUAAAUGUCUUUUUUUCUUUUAUUUUGACGGCUACAGAUCACGAAUUCGGUCUGAGAUUAUUCUUAACCCAUGAUUAAGUCUAUUAAGCACCAGUUUGUGUUGAUUCUUUUCGAGACCAUUUUUUGCAAAUUUCAAAGGGGUACCAUCACAGAUUUCAUACGAUUUUUUUGAAAAGCCAUAUACUUUGGAUGUUGAAGGCUGUAGAUCACGGACUCAUUCUAAGACUAUUCUCCACCAAUGAAGAAGUCAAAUGACCGCCCAUAUGGGAGGAUUGUUUUCGGUGACAUUUUCGUAAUUUUUUGGGAUAUUUUUUUCAAAAUUUCAUUUUCCUCAUAUUUUGAAGGUUACAGAUCACGGAUUCUGCCUGACACUAUUCUUCAUCGAGGAUUAAGUCUAUUUAGCACCUAUUUAGACGGAUUUUUUGGAGUCCGUUUUUUACAGGUACCAUCAAAAAUUUCUAACGGUUUUUUCGAAAUGUCAUUUAUUUCAAAUUUUAUAUGUACCCUCCCUUCAACGUGGCUCCGCCACUAACAUGAGAUCAUAAUUCAUAACUACUACUUAAGUCACGACAGGUCUUGGUAUCAAUAAGUUGUGAAAGGUACCUUUUUUUUUGCUUGUCUUGUACCCUUUGGCUGAAAGGGAACGUAACAGUUUCCAUCUAUGUGGUCUAGGGCUUUGUUUGGCUGAAAUGGAACUUAAAACAGUUUUCAUUAGCGUCGUCUAGGCGUUUUAUUUGUCACCUCUUCUGAUCUAAACGAUAAAGCUGCCGAAAACAAUCCUGUGAAGCUCUACAUCCAAGCAGCAUAAGAACCCACAACUACGAACCAAACAAACACACAUGCAGAUCAGCCGUACGUAUCCAAAAAGCCCUAUAACCACCGAUCAACGCAGUAAUCACUAUAAAAGCACGACAGCGCCAAUCAAUAGCAACCAAUUAACCACAUAUAAUGACGAGGGAGCAGCUAGCUAUAGUGACCAGCAGCAGAGCGGUACUGCUAGCGGCGGUCGUUUUAGCGGCGGUUGUGAUACAAGAUUCUGCAGCAGUUACGCAGCUGACGGUUAGCGUUGCCAACAAGUUGAGCAGCAAGAAGGCGGUGAUAGUGCACUGCCAGUCCGCCGACGACGAUCUCCACGGUCACGCCGUCGUCCCCGAUACUCCUUACAGUUGGAGCUUCGGUGCGAGCGUUGAUGCAGGGACGCUUUUCUGGUGCCGCCUGGCGUUUCAAGACAAGCGCCUUGGUUUCACGGCGUAUCACGCAAGUAAUGGGGACUACGUUACGGACCACGAAGUGUACGAUGAUGGGGUUUAUGGGAACUACGUUGGUUCUGGGGAGCGAAUUCACGUCGCUGAAUGGCACUGACGUUUGUAAAACCCGCGUAUCAUGCACGAGUUCGGUGAGUUUCGCGGAUUGUGUAGAACCGUAUCGGUCGAGGAUGUACCGGAAAAAUCAGCGCGGUAUAACGUAUUUUAAUUUUGUGUUGAGACUGUGGUCUGUUCUUGGUGUACAACCGCGUUUCAUACCGCUAAAAACCACCGUCUGCCGAUUUUUGACUCUGGUAGGCGAGGUUGUUAAUUUCGGUCGAAUCACUUGUACGGUUCCCUGUGUGUUUUAUCCCACGUAACUCUUAGAUAGGAAGUUGGCUUAUGUGAUUUUAAUCCAUGAUGAGAAGCAUAUAUAUAAGCUAUAUAUGUGGGUGUGUUUAAUUUGUUUUUGAUUUUGCUGUGUAGUCUUAGUAAAUGUACAAUGAGGUGUUGUAGGAGCUCAAAAUGUAUGGUUAUUAAUAUGGUUCAAAAAGAAACGCUUAACCUUACG